AUGGAUUCAAUGCGCACGGCCCAUCAUGCUGGAAUUACAACUAUCUCGAAAGCCGGCUUACCCUUGUCCAUCAUGCACGAUCUCAUUGCCAGCCAUGGAGCUAUCGCCCAAGUCGACGAGAAGCCAGGCUGGUUUGGAAGUGAAGGCGGGAAGGGGGGAAUAAGAACGUACCGCGCCGGUCCUCGCCAAUCACCCUCUGAAAAUGAGUAUGAGAGGCGCAUUGAGAUACCCGAGAUCUCAGAGCAGGACCGGUACAAUUGCCAGGAGCUUGUUCUAUCAGCAAUACUAGUUUUGGAUGCUUGUCUCGACACAUUAGAUCCACCAGACUACGAUCAUCCCCCACCCUCCUACGAGGAUGCCAUCAACGAGUUACCUCCUGGUUACGAUACGCUGUCACCGCUAGCACACCAGAAGAAUCUAAUCCAUGACUCUGCGCCAGAAAAGGACACACGAGAAACCGAUGACAAAGCCAGCUCCCGACUCAUUGACUUCGACACUCCUCACGGUAUCCGAGAGCACAAACCAAAGAAGAAGAAGAAGACUGGAGGUGGAGGCGGCGGCGGCGGUGGAGGAGGGGCACCACCACCACCACCACCACAAGAAAGCUCACCGCCCCCGGAGGAUAACCCUGAUGAGCAGGUCAACGAUGGAGGCGAUGGAGGAAAUGACGGCGGGGAUCCUGGCGACGGGAACAAUGGCGGAGACGGUAACGGUGGUGACGGCGACGGGGGAGGCGAUGAUUGGGAUGCCUGGAACACCACUGGCAGCAAGAAAGAUAAAAAGAAGAAGAAGAAGGAAGAGGAGGAGCGCCUAGCGAAGGAGGAAGAGGAACGGAAAGCGAAAGAAGAGGAGGAAGAGAGAGCGAAGGCAGAGGAGGAAGAGAAGGCCAAGGAGGAGGAACGAAAAGCGGCAGAAGAAGCGGCCGCGGCAACUGCCAAUGCGAAUAACCUCAGCUGGGCUGACGAAGCAGACGGAGGUGGUGAGGACACAUGGCCGAGCUUUGCCACUGUCGGAAAGAGCAAGAAGAAGAAAAAGAAGGGGAAGGAAGCUGAUCCACCUGCCGCCGAGGCACCUUCAAAUUCCUUCCAGGACAUCAAUUUGAAUGAUGGUGUACCGCAGUUGGAUCUAAGCCUCGAUCCCCCUCCUGCAAACAAUGGUGGUGUCGGUUUUGGUUUCGGUGGCUGGGGCAAAGAUUGGAGCACCGGAAGCACACCUAGCAAAUGGGGGCUGGACUCGCUCUCUAUGAAUGACAACGGCAACUCCGAUUCUGCCAAGGAUACUAACCCCUGGGGGACCAUUAGCAACAAUAAAGGCUCAUCAAACCCCCCUAGUAGAUUCGAUCUCGGAGACUUCGGAAGCUCGACAGGUGCCGGGCAGAACGAACCCCCUUUUGUGGAAGAGAAGAAGACGGAAGAUGACGUCUGGCCUGAUUUCACGGCGGUUAGCUCCAAGAAGAAGAACAAGAAGGGCACUUUGGAGGAACUUCCCAAAGAACCCGAGCCUGAGCCCGAACCUGAGCCGGUAGCAGCUCCUGCGCCAGAACCUGAAAAGGACAGCAGCUUGGCUGGUCUUUCUAAGAAGGAGCGGCGUAAGGCGAAGAAGGGGCUCACCCAGGUUGUCGAGGAGCCAGCAGCUCCUGAACCCGUGAUUGAAGAACCCAAGCCCAGUGACCCUGUGGUGGAUUUCAACGACCAGAAGGAGGAAAAGGCUUCUGAGAUGGCUGAUGACAAUGACUGGGGAUGGGGCGUUUCAACCAAGAAGAGUAACAAAAAGAAGAAAGGGCUUCUCGAAACGAUCGUCCCCGCGGAGCCAUCUGCCCCUCCCAAAGAUAACUGCGACAAUUCUUGGGGGGUGUCUGGUAAGAAAGACAAGAAGUCCAAAGCGGACACCCUUGUCGAAGAGACCCUACUGGUUAUGGAGGAAGCACCUCCACCUGAGUCUGAGCCCGCGCCUGAGCCAGAACUCGAACCGGAACCUGUCGUUGAACCUGAGCCCGAACCCGAACCCGAACCUGAGCCUGAGCCGGAACCUAAACCAAAAGCACCUGCCCUUCCAGAUGACCCCCUUUAUAACAAUUGGGCAAACCUAUCAUCCAAAGACCGGAAGAAGCGAGAAAAAUCACUGAUGAAGAAGGGCCUACCUAUUCCCGGCAAGGAUAUCAUAAUUCCUGCGGAACCUGAACCUGAACCCGAGCCAGUACCCGAACCAGAACCUGUUGUUGAACCUGAACCCGAACCCGAACCUGAGCCUGAGCCGGAACCUGAACCAAAAGCACCUGCCCUUCCAGAUGACCCCCUUUAUAACAAUUGGGCAAACCUAUCAUCCAAAGACCGGAAGAAGCGAGAAAAAUCACUGAUGAAGAAGGGCCUACCUAUUCCCGGCAAGGAUAUCAUAAUUCCUGCGGAACCUGAACCUGAACCCGAGCCAGUACCCGAACCAGAACCUGUUGUUGAACCUGAACCCGAACCCGAACCUGAGCCUGAACCUGAACCGGAACCUGUUGUUGAACCUGAACCCGAACCCGAACCUGAGCCUGAGCCGGAACCUGAACCAAAAGCACCUGCCCUUCCAGAUGACCCCCUUUAUAACAAUUGGGCAAACCUAUCAUCCAAAGACCGGAAGAAGCGAGAAAAAUCACUGAUGAAGAAGGGCCUACCUAUUCCCGGCAAGGAUAUCAUAAUUCCUGCGGAACCUGAACCUGAACCCGAGCCAGUACCCGAACCAGAACCUGUUGUUGAACCUGAACCCGAACCCGAACCUGAGCCUGAACCUGAACCGGAACCUGUUGUUGAACCGCAGCCUGAGCCGGAGCCGGAGCCCGAACUGGAGCCAGAACCAGCAGCACCUGCCUUUCCAGAUGACCCUCUCUAUGAUAACUGGGCAAACCUAUCAUCCAAAGACCGCAAGAGGCGGGAAAAAUCUCUAAUGAAGAAAGGCCUUCCCAUUCCUGACAAGAAUUAUAUGCCAUCUGCAGCACCCGUGCCUGAACCAGUCCCUGAGCCAGAACCUGUCGUCGAACCAGAACCUGUCGUCGAACCAGAGCCUGUCGUUGAACCAGAACCUGUCGUUGAACCAGAACCUGUCGUUGAACCAGAACCUGUCGUUGAACCAGAACCGGAACUGGAACUGGAAGCACCUGCCUUUCCAGAUGACCCUCUCUAUGAUAAUUGGGCAAAUCUAUCAUCCAAAGACCGUAAGAGGCGGGAAAAAUCUCUAAUGAAGAAAGGCCUUCCCAUUCCCAAUAAGGAUUAUAUGCCAUCUGCAGCACCUGUGCCUGAACCAAUCUCUGAGCCAGAACCUGUUAUUGAACCAGAACCAGAACCAGAGCCGGAGCCGGAGCCGGAGCCAGAGCCUGUUAUUGAACCAGAACCGGAACCGGAAGCACCUGCCUUUCCAGAUGACCCUCUCUAUGAUAAUUGGGCAAAUCUAUCAUCCAAAGACCGUAAGAGGCGGGAAAAAUCUCUAAUGAAGAAAGGCCUUCCCAUUCCCAAUAAGGAUUAUAUGCCAUCUGCAGCACCCGUGCCUGAACCAGUCUCUGAGCCAGAACCUAUUAUUGAACCAGAGCCAGAGCCAGAGCCGGAGCCAGAGCCUAUUGUCGAACCGGAACCAGAACCGGAACCAGCUCCAGAGGUUGUGCAGGAAGAACCCGUUGUAGAGGAAAGCUGGGGAAUAUGGAGUUCCUCGAAAGAGAAGAAAAAGUCCAAGAAGAACAAGAUUGCGGAUGACCCUCCGCCUCCCGCACCCACGCCCCCAUCGUUGGGGCUGGAUCCUGAGCCUCCAAUUCCUGAGGAUGUCGCAGAAGAUCUCCUAUGGGAUGAUCUCAGAUUUUCCAAAGGAACUCGAAAAAUGGAGGAAACUCCCGCCAAGGCUGGCAGGGGAUUCUGGGCAACGCUUGGUGCCGCUACAAUGGGCACGAAGCCCAGGGUCACCAGGAAGAAUUCGGAGGAGAAACCGAAAAUCAUCGAGGCCGCAGAGGAAUCUGAGCUGGAACACGAUCAUAUGCCUAUACCUGCGCCAGAUCCACCGACGAACUUGCUUCUAGACAUUGGGGAUGCACCCCAGCCUGAGGCGCCUGAGGCGCCAGUCGUUGACGAGCCAGCCGCGCCAGCCGCGCCGCCAACAAAGCCCUCUGUUGUCACAUCCAAGACCAAGUCAUCGGUCAAACUCUCGGUCGCUGAGCGUAUUAAAGCCCUUGAGCAAGCGAAGAAAGAACGGUUGAGAGCAGAAAAGGAGAAGGCGAAAGCGGCAGAAGCAGCACCCCCUCCAGAGCCACCGCAAGAGGAACCUGUGAUAGAAGUAGCUCCUGAGCCCGUGGAAGAGCGGAAGAUCUCGCGAGAAUCUGUGCCUGGAAGCUUCCCGGAUGCUUUUGAUGACUACUACUCAGAACCCCCGCCGGUGGCCCCUGAACCUGAGCCAGAACCCGAGCCGGAGCCGGAACCUGAACCUGAACCUGAACCUGAACCUGAACCUGUGCGCGAGCCCGAGCCCGAGCCCGUACCGGCUCUUUUGUCAAAGAAGGCUGAGAAGAAGAAGAAGAAAAAGGGAAAGAUUGUUGAGCUUGUACCUGAGCCAGCACCUGAACCUCCGGCACCAGAGCCCGAGACAGAACCAGAACCUGAGCCCGAACCUGAAGCUACACGUGAACUCGAGCCCGAGCCUGCCCCAGUUCCGUUGCCAAAGACUGAGAAGAAGAAGAAAAAGAAGGCAAAGGCACUUGAACCGGAGCCUGUGCCUGAGCCGCCCGCCCCAGAGCCAGAGCCUGAGCCUGAGCAGAAACAGGAUCCCGAACCGGAGCCAGAAGCUGAACCCGAGCCAGAGCCAGAGCCUGUGGAUGAGCCGAAAGCAAUGAAGAAGCCUAAGAAAGCCUCCAAAUCCAAAAUGGUCGAGGCGACCAGGGAGGUCCCACCAGCCGAGGACGUCCCUCCUGAUGCUGAAGCGCCUGAUGUCGUCGCUAGUAAUCCUCCUACUCCCCCACCUGAGCCUGUCGCCCGUGAGAAAUCGGUCAAGAAGGAUCGUGCUCGCGUUGAGCGCGCCCCUGGUGUUGGCUCGUGGGGCUUCUGGAAUGCUACCCCUGUGCCCAAAAGAUCGGCUCACAAGGAGGGUAGGUCGAGCCGAAGAGAAGCCUCUCCCGAUGAAAUGAUCAGGUCAAAGUCGACCAGGCAUUCAAGGCGCAAGGAGGCGGAUAACGAGGGAGAGAAGUCGUCGGCCUCUGAUAAGGACAAACGUCGAGAGGUUAAAGACAGCCGAGCGGCCGCCUUUUCCAAUUUCAUUCUUGGUGCUCCUCCGCCGCCGACCAGAACAAAGUCAUCACGCAGACAUGGUGCCUCUGCAUCUAAACAUGCAUCUAGGCGACCAUCUUUCGAGAUGGAAGACGCCCCGUUCCCAACGCCCCCACCGGAUGACAGGCCCGAGAUGCCAGACAAGGCCGCAAGGAUGAUGGGGCCCGGUUCAUCGCGCCACAGGGAAAGGCCGCGCGGAACGCGGAGAAGAUCUAGUGUUCGUGAUCCGUACGCUGUCGAUGACGAUAUCAUAAUGGUGGACAGAGACGACGUGGAUGGCCUCGAAGACUCGAGAGAGCUUCGGCACUCUAGGAAAAGGUCUAGUAGGAAGGCAAGGUCCAGACCGGAUGAAAUGGAUGAUGCGGUCAUGGUUGAGCCUGAUCAAAUGCCAGACGUAGUGUCUGGUCCUGAUGACAUUGCCUUUGUUGAGGCGCCUUCGCGGGAACGGCGCGUAAAGCGCUCUAGUACCAUGCCGAAGAAGCAGGAAUCAGGAGGUCUCAUGGGCCUGAUUGAAUCUCUGCGCAGAAACACGCGUCCCGAGAUGCCAGAACGUCGCAAGUCACGUUCUUAUCGUGAUGACGACGUGAGAUACAUGACGGAGCCGGAGCGCGACGAGUCCCGACGUGUGAGACGGGAAGAGAGAAGACGACGCUCCGUCCGACCUGAUGUCGAUGCCGAUGGCUUUGUCACCGACGGCGGUCCGGUUGGGGGCGCGCCGGCUGCCGACAUAGAAGAGAUUGAGGCUCGGAGAGCAGCACGCAGGGGCUACCGCUCCUCUCGCCACGCGCCGUCCGAUCAGUACCGGGAGGACGAGGCUCGCGAAAUUGAGGAGAGACGGGCCAGGCGACGGGAGCGGGAAAAGGCCCGCGAGCGCGAACUAUACGAAAGACAAGUCCGCGAAGAGGAGGAGAGAGAAGAACGUCGGCGUGAGGAAAGGCGAGCGCGCCGCGCCGCGCGCGAAGCACAGCGUGCCAAGGAGGAACAGGAGGCUCGGGAGGCGGAAGCAUUGGCCGAAGCCAAAGCGGCAGAGCGUCGGGAGCGGAGACGACAGCGGGAGGAAGAUAUGUAUAACAACCCGGCAUACGCUCCCAGAUCCAAACGGCGGCCUCCACCUGCCUAUCCCUAUGAAAGGGCCCCGGAAGAUUACUAUCUUGACCCCCAACCAGAUAUGGAGCCGCGGCCCCACCGAUCCUACCGAUCCGGCGACGCAGGCGAAAGAUCGAGACGGCGGAGAUCGAGAGCCCCGGACCCGAUGAGGCCGCCGCCCAUGAUGUCCGGCGGACGCCGGGACAAGACCACAUCCUGGGUUGAUUCACAGGCAUUCGAGCCUCCCGAACCGCCCCCAGUUGUACCAACAAUGCUCGACGAGCCCCUACCCCCAGGUGAUCAUAACGCGCACUCAAUCUCAUCUGACGAGGAGGCCCGUCGUGUGUUGCGCCGACGGGCACGGCGUCGAGCCAGAUACCCCGGUCUCAAUGAUGACGAGAUCGAGGACCUGCGCGCCAGGAAGCGCGAGGGUCGUGUGAAGAGCAGCUCGGGCAGCGGCGAUUACGAACGGGAUCGCGGGAUGAGAUCAUACGACGCCCGCUAUCCCCCUAUGCCGCCGCCCACCUCCGGCGCGAAGAUGUCCAGCUGGUUCAAGAAACUGACCAGUCUGUGA